AUGCCUCCUCGAAAGCGCGCGCGUGGCGGAGCGACCUCUGCCUCAACGCCGGCUCGCGACGACGAUGCCAUGGACGUUGACACACCCCAGCCCGCACCCGCCUCGCCCGUCAAGGAACAAAUGCCCGGCUAUAAUUCCCUGUGGACAGACGACCAAGUAUCAUCCCUCUUCAAAGGCGUGAUUCGAUGGAAACCUGCCGGCAUGCACAAGCACUUCCGCAUGAUCGCCAUCUCCGAGCACCUUCGCAACCACGGCUUCGACCCGGACCUGCACCAGCACACGCGCAUCCCCUACAUCUGGCAGAAGCUGCGCGCCUACUACAACCUCGACCUCAUCGACGACCGCGAGAACAUUGACGACGAGGACGACGAGGGCGAGCGCUACAUCGACUUUGUCCUGCCCCAUGACGACUUCAUUAUGCCCAUGAUGCACCGCGCCAUCGCCGACCCGAGCGAGGCGCCCACCUCCCCGGCACAGCUCGACGUCUCCCCACCGCCGCCGCACAGGCGCAGCCGAGGAUACGGAGGAUGGCACGGAUGCGGCGCCGCCGUCGCCGGUGCAGAAGCAGACGAGGGGCACGCGUGGGGGCCGCAGGCGCGCGGCGAGCAAGGCGGAGAAGGCGGAGACGACCGAGGAGGACGAGCCGGAGGAAGAGGCCGACGACGACGACGCAGAGAGCGACGAUGGUACGAGUGA